ACAGAAGCGCCCCGCCCCGCCACGCCCCUCUAAAUUUUGAAGCAGCACUCAGCCACCGCCGCCGCCGUCAUCCUACCGCCACCCAUAUCUAUCUACUCCCUCUCACUCUCCCGCCUUCUUAACAACGAAGGCAGCAAAGGAAAAUCACACUCCUUCCUCGUGAAGAAAUCCAAACCACCGCCAUGUCCGUACACCUAUUUAACCUCCGGAUCGCCGCAUCCCGAGCCCUCCACGGCCUCCCACUCUCCGCCGCACAUGGAGAAUUUCGAGGCCUUCUUCGAGGACUGGCUCUCGCAACGAGAGGCCUUCCUCGAUCAACUCCUCCUCCACGCCUCCAAGCCGGAGGACCAGAGCCGCCCACGCCACAACCACAGCGACGGCGAAGCAGACAAAGCCUUGAUCGAAAAGGUCAUCAGCCACUACCAGCAAUUCUACAAGGAGAAGACAAAGUUGGCGAGGGAGGAUGCGUUUCUCUUCUUCUCUGCCCCCUGGCUCACCGCCUUCGAGCGCACAUUCCUAUGGAUCGGCGACUUCAAGCCCACGCUCCUCUUCCGUUUCCUCGGCUCCUCGGUCGACGACGUCACCGCCGCCCAGUCGGAGGAGAUCGAGCAUAUCCGGGUGGAGACGAGGCGGAGGGAGAGGGAUCUCACAGAGACAAUGACCAGGGUCCAGGAGAGCGUGGCGGCGCCGCCUCUGCUCUGCCUGCUGAGGGCGUCGGCCGGGCAGCCGGAGAGGAACGGGGAUAUCUGCGUCCUGGAGGCGGCCCUGGUGGAGCUAGGGGAGUCAAUGGUGGCGGUGCUGGAGGAGGCAAAUGCGCUGCGGGCUGCGACGGCGCGGCACAUGAUGGAGGUGCUGAGUCCGGCCCAGACGGUGAAGCUGCUGGCGGCGGCGGCGGCGGGGCAGUUCCAGGUCCGGAUAAGGAGGUGGGGGAAGCAGAGGGCGGCGUCGGCGCCCCUUCAGUGAGCGGGCAAGCGUGUCGGCGGUUUUUAUCGUUAUAUUCCGCCUCAAUGUCAAGGAGGAGUGGUCGUUUCUAGUUUUGAAGUGUGUAAUGCCGCGGUCCUUUGUGUCAGUGACUUGCUAAAGCAAGUUUCUG